CGUGCAAGCAAAUUAUCCUGUUGAACAGCAAACAUCCUUUUCGUUUCAAGUGCGAGGAGUUUCAGCAUGAAACUGUCCAACUCUGUGCGCUUCCCCGAGGACCCCUUGACGAUGAUCUCAAGACAGCCGACGCUCCUCGAGAUGAGCGUCCUCGAGGACUUCGAAUGUCACGCUCGACAGUGCCGUGAUUGCCAAACCGCACGGCACUUGACCUCUUUCAUCCCCCCUGAUCUCUGCCCGAGAGGCUUCAACUAUGCUCGCGACCUCACACGGCUGUUCUAUUCCGCGUCCGACGGCAACAUCUACAGCACCACGGCUACCACAACUCGACGAUUCCGAGUAGAGAUUCCCCUUCAUUACCAUGAGGUGCGAAAAUUGUACAGAACAGAGCAACAGCGUGGUGGUGCAAGGGCUGCGCGGCGACCAAGACGAAGCUGCAUCGAUCAACGGAGCCCCACCACAGCUCUGCCAUUCCGCGCUCGUCGCAAUCGAACUUCAGAGCGAUAA